GGCCCAAUCAAGCAGAGACACGUGGACACCUACCACCAAAGACAACAGUCGGCGACGCCACAAGUGCCGCUCACCGCCUGGGGGGCAUGACACACCCGCGAGGAAGAAAAAACAACCCAUCCCAAACUCAAAGGUAGCGCGCACCAACGAGAGAACAUGACUUACGAGCGUAGCUCAAGGUCACGCGCACAACAGGGGGGCAUGACACACCAACUUCGACCGGCGCCAUCCUCAACCUAAAGAUAACGCGCGCAAGCGAAGAACCCAACAAAAUCGAGCCGAGCGCACGUAAAUCAAAUGGACAACACCCGCGAUGCACAGGAUGCGCGCGCCACUGAGGACACGAAGAUCACGCGAAGACAAGAAAGGCCCCGACUCGCCCAGAUUGCGCCCAUCCCAGUCAAUAGCGCGAAAAAAGAUGGAAUUGCCCAGAUCCGAGUCAGCCACACGAAGAUCAAACAGGUGGCAUUCGCGGAAUACCCCCUGAUGGGGGGCAAUUGUUGGGCAUGUGACUCGGAUCUCACCCCACUGAAGAAGCACCAAGGAUACUCACGCCAAGGCAAAGUGCGCGAGUCACACCGGAGUCAAGUGCGCGAGUCACGCAGAGUCGAGCGCGCGAGUCGCGCCGGAAUCAAGCGCGCAGGUAAAGACCACCCCCGUAGAGGCGCGCGUAAACACUAAACGACGACGCGUUACACAGGCGGGGACCCUUAUAGAGAAGCCGUAGAAGCGGCGCCGCGUCAUCCAACAGGUAGUCACCAUCAUAGUCCUAGGUAUAGUCCUGCCUAUGUCAGGAGUAGUCACAUCAGGGUCCUAAAAGUAUGGCCUAAAUCCCUGACAUGUCAGUGGUCACAUCAUUGUACCCACUUGUAACCCAAGCACUCACCCACCACCAUGUAGCCUAUAAAUAUGGCAUUUACUCCGGUGGGUGAGGGGAUCGGAUUUUUCAGACUCUAUCUCUAAAAUCAUCAACUUCUCUCUCCAAACACACUCUCUCUCAGCUCUAUUCUCCUUUCCAUUUGUCUCAAAGUUCUCGUUCAACCCAGCCAUUCGUUCUUCUCGACCCGUUCUCGUGAAUCUCACUCCUACACCCAGUUCUCCUUUUCAUAAUCUAAAUGGGUAUGGGUUGGAUAUGGAUAUCCAUUUACUUGAGGGUGUUUUAACUACACAUGCAAAAAUUGGACCUAUUUGCAAAACUUGAAAAGUUUAGGUACCAAAAUGUAAGACCAAAAAAUUUUAGGUACCAAAACGUAAUUUUCCAUCGAUAUUUUGAGGACUUAUAUGCAAAAAAAAAUAAAUUUAGGUACUAAAUAUGCAUGUCUAUUAAGUUUGGGUACCAAACUGUAAUUUGUAUUUGGGCAUGGGUACAAACCCAAAUCCAUUUGAUAUAAACCCAACUCAACCCAAAGUAAAUGGGUAUGGGUACAAACCCAUCAAACUCUACCCAUAUCCAUCUAUUUGGAUUUCAUACCCAACCCAAUUGGGUUGGAUAGUAAGAAACUCAUGGGUAUGGGCAAAGUUGUCAUUCCUAGUAGGAACAUUAACUAUAAUAAAUGCGUUUGGCUCGCUUUUUUUAUAUAAAAGGAGAAAUAUGUCUUGCGAUGGCAAACCCCGACCCUCAAUAGAUACCCGACAAACUCUGAGAGUAUUUAAUACGAAGUUACAGUCCUGCGGGUGACCACCGAGAGAGUAACGUAGAAGUUUUGCUCACUUCUAAUACAACAUAAAACAAAAAUUGGUACAUAAAGAGAAGAGAAGAGAAGUAUGUAGUUGAAAAAACUAGUACUCCCUAGGUCUAGUUGAAUGGUCUCUUUGUUAUUCUUUUUUGUUUGGUGACAAAGAAAAAUUCAUCACCAAAUGCUUUCAUUAUGAACAUCAAGCAAGUCCAUAAGAGUGGCUUAGAUAGUCACUUGUAGUCUUGUUGUUGGCCACAACGAAACUAAUGUACGAGUGAUGGCUUUCGAAAUUCAAGCAAAAAAACCUACUAAAUUCACGACCCUUAAUUGUUCUCCUUUAUAAAAUUAAUAUGGUGGCAGGUUGAAAAAUACCCUUUUACUUUUAGGUUUUACCAAAGCUUGCCAAGCACAUCCUCAGCAAUCUAUCUGCCUAAUCCAUAAGAUGGAUGGUACAAUUCUCGAAUUUGAUCCAUUAACUAUUCGAAUCAGGAAGUAGAGAUUUGUGGACAAAUACCGUUUAUGAUUUACAAAGCAAAUGAUUUCUGUUGUGUGAUUCUCUUUCUAUGCUGGUACUAAAUUCUACAUACAUAUUCACAUUAUAUUCCCAAAAUAUCCAUAGAUUUACGCGUAAGAUUAGAGCCUGGAUUCUGGAAUCAUGGAUUAAUUUAUCCCCUUCCCCUCAACUUUCAGGUCCUAAAACGGAAUUAAAGAUUUGGCGGAGGAUUAGACAACAGCACACGCUACUCCCAAAUGGCUUUCAGUUACAUUGAUGCCCUCGUAAUCCUCCAUAGGAUAUGGUGCAUUGGUAUUGGGUUUGGACGUUGUGUAGUUCAAUCCAUCAUAUUUAUUAUUGAAAAUAUUUCUUUACCGUAAUCGAAUUUACUGAAAAUUUGAAUCGAUUGUUCACAUGAGUUUGUUGGAUAUCUAUAAAAUUGUUUCUGUGAU